AUGGAGGCUUCUUACGAUGCAAGGAUACCGAAAGUCGUCGCCGACAUUACUGAGGGAAUUCAAGAAGAAAUGCUGGCAGUGAUGUCCAGCCACAUGCGCAAUGCAGCUGCGGCCUGUGCAGAGGUGUGUGCCGCGCGCAUGCGAUUGCUGCAGACAGCGCUCUCACGCAGCUUAGAUGAGGCACGGCGGCAGCAAGUCUUUGCUCCCCCGUUGUCUACAGGCUUGGCUUCCUCGUCACAGGACACGAAGCGAGCAACUUUGGUGAGGCAGAUUCGCGCAAAGCUUGACUCGCAGGCUGAGACACCUGCAAGUUUCUUGCGAGCUCGGUCAGUGGCAGCAAGUCAGGGGCUGCUGAGCCGAGAUGAAUUCUUGGCUUGCAUUGCUUCUUUGAAUCUCGGGGUGAGCCACUCCGACAUCCUAGAGCUUUUCGCGUUUGCUGUGGGCAGUACUGAGCGCGACACGGCUGUGCUGGAAGAGAUCACCCAGGCUCUGGAGGUCUCCAGCCCAGUCGCUGCCAUGCCGAAUGGUACCUCACACCACGGAAUAGGCUGUGCCAAUGGGUACGGCACGCCGCUGAGCCCAGAGGCUGAGCGAGUCGUGGCAAGGGUUCGAAGUGCUGUGGGUCGGUCCAACCGCCCUUACGAGGAGGUCUUUCGCGGAUUCUGCAAAUCUGGAGGUCGAGGAGCAGCGACCAUGAGCCGAGCCGAUCUGGCUCGCGUCCUUUCCACUUUCGAGCCAGACAUUGACCCCGAGGUGGUGGCCAGGCUUUGGCGCCUCACUGUUCCAGAGGGUGCUGCUGGCCUUGACUUUAGCAACUUCUGCACAUGGUUCUGUCCCGGAGGGCGGGCUUUGCCUGGCCUUACAUCGAUUGGCGGAAAUCUGGGUGAGUCCCAGAUGUUGUCCCAGCUGCUGGAGAAGAGUGGCGGGUUGUCAAGAACACCGAGCGGAGGCUUGCUGUCUCCAAUGUCGGCUUCAUUACCAAACCUUCAGCUUGAGGGGCUUCCGCUAUCACCGGGAGCACGUCUUGCGAGCACCCUGACUCCAGAACAGCUGUCUUCCGAUUGGCGGCAGGAUCGGCCCAGAAGCGCCUGGCCAACCUGGCCUGCUUUGGAGGCAGGACACGUCCAGCCGCCGCUCUCAGCGAGGCUAUCGCUGCUGUCGCAGGAGGAUUUUCCUGCCAUUGCUUGCCUUGGGCGAUUGCAGAACCAUCUAGCCUCCAAAGGCUUGACAGUGAAUUCUGCAUUUGUCCUGUACGAUACCCACAUGGAACAGGCGGUCUCACAAGAAGGCUUCCUGUCUGCAGUUGAGCAUCAUGGCUUCCCGCUGUCCAGAUUGGAGGCGGAAAUGUUGUUCGGUCGUCUUGCGCGGCGGAAGCCGAACCAGCCACCGAGCCUUUCUUUCGAGGACUUCCAAGCUUGUAUGAUAAGCUUGCCGAAUCUAUUGCCUCAGGCGCAGUGGGGUAAAGACCUGAUCAAGUCAGUGGACAAGAUCGCGCGUUCUCAAGGAACCCCUUUGGAAAAUCUCUUCAAGCAGCUUGGAGCAGAAUCGGUUGCAGCGCUUGACGUUCAAGCAGUUCUGUCUAGAUACUCGCCUCAGCCCCUCAGUGCUGCGCAAUGGUCGAACUUGCUUCCACUGCUAGACAAGAAGCCUGAUGGGUCAGUGCUGUGGCCAACAAUGCUGAAGUGGGCCGGUGUGGACUGCACGUCAGCCCCCGCACCGCCUGUCAAACCUGUGUCGCCCGCACCGCCGGGCAUCCCUGUGGCAGUUGCAAAGCCAACAGCACCGGCACCGGCAGCCACGGUACCGGCACCGGCGGCUGUACCGCCUGUUCCUGCUCGACCCGCGUCCUCGCCAUCUCCGCCCGCACCUUCCCCGCCAGUGGCAGCCAAGCCUCUUGUUCCGGUUCCUGCACAACCGGCAACAUCACCCUCUCCGCCUGCACCUGCACCGCCCCGUCCACUGGCUCCCACUCCAGUACCGGCACGACCUUCGCCCCUACCACCAACACCUCCCGGCAUUGUUGCCAGAUCCUGCCCAGUUCCGCCGCUGCCGCCUCCGUCCGCGUCGAGCAUAAGCAUCGGCGCUCCGCCUUUGCCACCUCCGGGCGCGGUGCCCCCACCUGGACCACCUCUGCCGCAUCCACCUUCCGCUUGGGUAACCUGA